AUGACAGAAGCAGAAGAAACCUUAGACUGUAGACUCUUGGAGCUGGAAAGGACUUUAGAGGUGAAUAGAUCAACAUCCUCAUUUUACAGCUAUCAGCAUUAUUAUCACCACUACUACCAUCACAUCAUCAUUACCAAUGCCAUUACUGUCAUAAUCGUCAUCACCAUUGCCAUCAUUACAGCCCCCAUUACUUUCAUGGUCACCAUCAUUGACACCCUGGCUACUCCCCCCAGCAGGAUGGCUGGGUCCAGUGCUGCUCGGGCCAAGAAGAGGAAGCCCAACUUCUGUCCACAGGAAACAGAAGUACUAGUGUCCAAAGUGACCAAGCACCACCAGCUUCUCUUUGGGACAGGGCUUCUGAAGGCUGAGCCAGCCCGCAAGUACCGAGUUUGGAGCCGCAUCUUGCAGGCAGUGAAUGCCCUGGGCUAUUGCCGGAGAGACAUAGUGGACCUGAAACACAAGUGGCGGGAUCUGCGGGCUGUGGUGAGGCGGAAGCUGGGGGACCUGCGCAAAGCAGCCCAUGGCCCUGGUUCAGGCAAGCCCCAGGCCCUGGCCCUCACCCCUGUGGAGCAGGUGGUGGCCAAGACCUUCUCCUGCCAGGCUGGACCAGGGGAUGGCUAUGGUCUGGAGGCCCUGAGAGCCACCCAGAUCGAUCCUACCGACCUCCAAGAGCUGUUCCAGGAGACAUCAGCAAAUGUCUUUCGAGUCAACUCCAGUGUGACCUCCUUGGAACAGAGCCUCCUAUCUCUGGGUACUGCAGGUGCCACCCUGGAGCUGCGCAGUGGCCUGCAUGCAUCACAGCAAGAGACCAAUAAAACCAUCUGUGCCAGCAUCAGUACCAUCAAGCAGCUGUCAGAGCUCGUGCGGGGCUCACUUCCCAAAAAAUUACUACAAGAAUGUCUUCAGCUAGACCGACUGAGAAAUCAACUAUUGGAUGCCCUCCAUCGCUAUGGAGCUGUUCAGAAGAAAAUAGCAGAAAAGUCCAAGGCUCCACUUCCCCUGCAGCAGCAACAGCAGCAGCAGCAGAGCCCCAGAACCCCAUUUGCAGACCUGGCUGAUGAGAAGAUCUUUAAUGGGGGCGACAGUAUGUGGCAAAGCCAGGAUCAAGCCCUGCUCCCAGAAAUAACCGAUGAAGACCUGGAUACUCUCAGGCAUCGGGAGGAUGCUGUUCAGCAGAAUGAGAGUGAUAUGCUGGAUGUGAACCAGAUCAUCAAAGAUUUGACUUCCCUGGUCCCUGAGCACGGCGAUGUGCUUGCAGAUGAAGAGGAAGAAGUGCCCAGCUGCCUCUGGAUGCCCCUGCGGAAUUUGGACCCUCCGGGCCUGGCAGAAUCUGACCCCCUGGACCUUCGCGGCGUCCUCCACACCUCCGUCUCCUCACCUUCUCCCCCCACCUCCCCGGCAGCAGCCCCUCUGGGGGCCAACUAUGGGAGCAGCGGCGGCUGGAGGCCUGCCCUGCAGGCAUCAGCUCUGCUGGCCCCCACCACCAGCAAACCCAAAGCUGAAAUCUCAGAGUUCGAGCAGCAGCUGAUGGACGCCCAUGUCCAGCAGGGAGCCCUCCUCUCCUCCUGGUACCAGCAGCAGAGCUCCCUGAUGACCCAGCAGAACGUCCUCCUGGAGCGUCUGGCAGAACAGAGCCAGCGGCUGGCCGACGGGGUGGAGGCCCUCAACCGGACCCUCGAAAGGCUUGUGGAGGCACGUCUGCCUGCCCAGGGGGCGGCCCACCUCAUCCAGGACAGCCCCUUGGCCGCUGGUAGUGGCCGCGGGUCCUCGCGAGUGCCAGUGGGGGACUCGGGCAGCCCCUCUCCAGGCCUUGAUGUCUUCUCAGGGAUGAUCUUGAAGGUAGAAGAGGAAAUUUAG